AUGGAUCACCUGCUGAUGGUGUUGCUGUUGCUGUGCAGCUCAGGACUCCAGGCUGAAGAUGAUCACCAACCAGAGCCUGUCAGGUUGGUGGGAGGAGCCAGCCGCUGUGCAGGUACACUGGAGGUGAAACAGAGAGAGUGGAGACCGGUAGAUUACUAUUACUGGACCCUUAAGGAUGCAGAUGUAAUAUGUAGAUAUUUGGACUGUGGUUCUGCAGUUUCAACAAGAAGCAGAGAUGAAGACUCAUACAAAUCUGUAUGGUGGAUCAGUUCUAACUGUCUUCUGUCUGGAUCUGCACUGAGGGACUGUGUAUCAUCAGAUUCCUCUUUCUCCAUCGUGGAAAUCACCUGCUCAGACUCUGUCAGGCUGGUGAAUGGGACUAGUCUGUGUUCAGGCAGACUGGAGGUGAAGUCUGAGCAGUCGUGGUCCUCAAUGUGUGAAGCUGACUUUGACCAGCAGGAUGCAGAUGUGGUCUGUAGGGAGCUUGGCUGUGGGUCUCCUUCAGUCCUCCAGGGGUCACUCUAUGGAGAAGUGGAGGCUCCAAUGUCGACCAAAGAGUUCCAGUGUGGAGGCAAUGAGUCUGCUCUCCUGGACUGUAGAAGAUCAGACUCAGCUAGAAGAACCUGCUCACCUGGUAAAGCUGUUGGACUCACCUGCUCAGAGCCUGUCAGGUUGGUGGGAGGAGCUAGUCGCUGUGCAGGUACACUGCAAGUUAAAUAUGGAGAGUGGAGACCAGUACAGCAUUAUGAGUGGACCUUGAAGGAAGCCGACGUAAUCUGUAGAUAUUUGGACUGUGGCUCUGCUGUUUCAACAAGAAGUAGAAAUGAAGACUCAGACAUAUCUGUAUGGAGCAUCAGCUCUGACUGUCUUCAUUCUGGAUCUGCACUGAUGGACUGUGUAUCAUCAGAUUCUUCUAAUCAUGUCGUGGAGCUCACCUGCUCAGACUCUGUCAGGCUGGUGAAUGGGACUAGUCUGUGUUCAGGCAGACUGGAGGUGAAGUCUGAGCAGUCGUGGUCCUCAGUGUGUGAAGCUGACUUUGACCAGCAGGAUGCAGAGGUGGUCUGUAGGGAGCUUGGCUGUGGGGCUCCUUCAGUCCUCCAGGGUGCGCUCUAUGGAGAAGUGGAGGCUCCAAUGUGGACCAAAGAGUUCCAGUGUGGAGGCAAUGAGUCUGCUCUCCUGGACUGUAGAAGAUCAAACUCAACUAGAAGAACCUGCUCACCUGGUAAAGCUGUUGGACUCACCUGCUCAGAGCCUUUCAGGUUGGUGGGAGGAGCCAGUCGCUGUUCAGGUAGACUGGAGGUGAAACAGGGACAGUGGAGACCAGUGAGUGACUCUGACUGGACCCUGAAAGAAACAGUUGCAAUAUGCAGAUAUCUCAACUGCGGCUUUGCUGUUUCCACAAGAAGCAGAGAUGAAGACUCAGACACAUCUGUAUGGUCAUUCAGACCUGACUGUCUUGAGUCUGGAUCUGCACUGAGGGACUGUGUAUCAUCAGGUUCCCCUUUCUCAAUCGUGGAUCUCACCUGCUCAGACUUUGUCAGGCUGGUGAAUGGGACUAGCCGGUGUUCAGGCAGACUGGAGGUGAAGUCUGAGCAGUCGUGGUCCUCAGUGUGUGAAGCUGACUUUGACCAGCAGGAUGCAGAGGUGGUCUGUAGGGAGCUUAGCUGUGGGGCUCCUUCAGUCCUCCAGGGGGCGCUCUAUGGAGAAGUGGAGGCUCCAAUGUGGACCAAAGAGUUCCAGUGUGGAGGCCAUGAGUCUGCUCUCCUGGACUGUAGAAGAUCAGACUUAGCAAGAUGCACCUGCUCACCUGGUAAAGCUGUUGGACUCACCUGCUCAGAGCCUGUCAGGUUGGUGGGAGGAGCCAGUCGCUGUGCAGGUACACUGGAGAUGAAACAGGGAGAGUGGAGACCAGUAGAGCAUUAUGACUGGACUCUGAAGGAAGCAGAUGUAAUAUGUAGAUAUUUGGACUGUGGCUCUGCUGUUACAACAGGAAGCAGAGAUGAAGACUCAGACAAAUCUGUAUUGAGCAUUAGCUCUGACUGUCUUCAAUCUGGAUCUACACUGAAGGACUGUGUAUCAUCAGGUUACUCUUCCUCCAUCAUGGAGGUCACCUGCUCAGACUCUGUCAGGCUGGUGAAUGGGACUAGCCGGUGUUCAGGCAGACUGGAGGUGAAGUCUGAGCAGUCGUGGUCCUCAGUGUGUGAAGCUGACUUUGACCAGCAGGAUGCAGAUGUGGUCUGUAGGGAGCUUGGCUGUGAGGCUCCUUCAGUCCUCCAGGGGGCGCUCUAUGGAGAAGUGGAGGCUCCAAUGUGGACCAAAGAGUUCCAGUGUGGAGGCAAUGAGUCUGCUCUCCUGGACUGUAGAAGAUCAGACUCAGCUAGAAGAACCUGCUCACCUGGUAAAGCUGUUGGACUCACCUGCUCAGAGCCUGUCAGGUUGGUGGGAGGAGCCAGUCGCUGUGCAGGUACACUGGAGGUGAAAUAUGAAGAGUGGAAACCAGUGAGCUCCCCUGGCUGGACCCUGAAGGAAGCAGCUAUAACAUGUAGAUAUUUGGACUGUGGCUCUGCUGUUUCAACAAGAAGCAGAUAUGAAGACUCAAACAGAUCUGUAUGGAGAAUCAGUUCUUACUGUGUUCAGUCUGGAUCUGCUUUAAGUGCCUGUGUAUCAUCAUCAGAUUUCUCUUCCUCCAUCGUAGAGCUCACCUGCUCACACCUGCUGCUCCAGCCAAUCAUCUCUGUGUCUCCUACCAUGGACGGGGUCUCCGGGGCCCAGCAGCAGGUGUUUCAGGUGUUCUGGGGCUCCAGUUUCACCAUCAGCUGCUCCGUCCAGCCUCAGUACCCAGGAGGCUCCUUCCAGCUCACCUUCACCUCCUCCAACACAACAUACAACUACACCCAGCCAGCUGUCAAUCACUCUGCUGACUUCCUGUUUCCUGCUGCAGACCCCGCCCACCAAGGAAACUACAGCUGUGUUUAUGGCGUCUAUGUUUUUUCUCAUAACUUCUCCUCUGAGAGCCGUCUGCUCUCUCUCACUGUCACAGAUCUAAUAGUUUUCAUCAUCAGACUGAUCGUCUUCCCAGUGUGUCUGCCGUUGGUCAUCACUGCCUUCUUUUUCAUCCUGAAGGUCAUCAGGAGGCAGAGGUCAGACCCACAGGAGAACAUUGAGCUGAUUUCUUAUAAACUUGUAGUUUCCAGAGCUGAAGGAGAGCCGGCUGAAGAGGAAGAAGCUCAGGGGUCCCUGACAGCAGUUGGUGAAGACCUCCAAAAGGGUCUGGGAUGGUUUGCAGCUGAAUGUGAAGCAGUCGGGAUGAGAGUCAACACCUCCCCAUAUGAGGUCAUGGUGCUCUGCUGGAACAAGGUGGACUGCCCCUUCAGGGGUGAAGUCCUCCAAAAGGGUCUGGGACGGUUUGCAGUUGAAUGUGAAGCGGUCGGGAUGAGAGUCAACACCUCCCCAUAUGAGGUCAUGGUGCUCUGCUGGAACAAGGUGGACUGCCCCUUCAGGGAGGAGUUCCAGAACACACUGGAGGGAUUACAUAUCUCUGCUGGUCUGGGAACAGCUUGGAUCCUCCAAGAGGAGCUGAUGAGUGUAGCUGGAGAGAAGGAGGUCUGGGUUUCACUGCUCAGCCUGUUGAGACCCAGUGUUGAGUUCUGCUGCUGGUGGAACCGCCGCUCGCUGCUGGUGGAACCGCUGCUGGCUGCUGGUGGAACCGCUGCUAGCUGCUGGUGGAACCGCUGCUGGUGGAACCGCCGCUGGCUGCUGGUGGAACCGCCGCUGGCUGCUGGUGGAACCGCCGCUGGCUGCUGGUGGAACCGCCGCUCGCUGCUGGUGGAACCGCCGCUCGCUGCUGGUGGAACCGCCGCUGGCUGCUGGUGGAACCGCCGCUGGCUGCUGGUGGAACCGCCGCUGGCUGCUGGUGGAACCGCCGCUCGCUGCUGGUGGAACCGCUGCUGGUGGAACCGCUGCUCGCUGCUGAUGGAACCGCUGCUGGUGGAACCGCUGCUGGUGGAACCGCUGCUGGUGGAACCGCCGCUGGCUGCUGGUGGAACCGCCGCUGGCUGCUGGUGGAACCGCCGCUCGCUGCUGGUGGAACCGCUGCUGGUGGAACCGCUGCUCGCUGCUGAUGGAACCGCUGCUGGUGGAACCGCUGCUGGUGGAACCGCUGCUGGUGGAACCGCUGCUGGUGGAACCGCUGCUGGCAGCUGGUGGAACCGCUGCUGGCAGCUGGUGGAACCGCUGCUGCUGGAACCGCUGCUGGUGGAACCGCCGCUGGCUGCUGGUGGAACCGCCGCUCGCUGCUGGUGGAACCGCUGCUGGCUGCUGGUGGAACCGCUGCUGGCUGCUUUUACUCUCUCUGGUGCUAAUGACACCAGAGAGAGUAAAGAAAGGAGAGAGAACUGA